ACUGCUUGGUCUGCACCCGGGUUGGAAAAAGCUGCGAUCUGAAAAAACAAAAAAAACAAACACCCAUUCCGAACUGCUGUAUGCUCCUUACGGAAAUUGUGAACUGGUUUACUCGCUGAAACCCGCGAGAGAGAGAGAGAGAGAGAGAGAGAGGUGAGAGGGAAGGAGAGGAUGAUCGGAGUGGGGAAGAUCAAGCAAUACACCAACAUCCUCGACAAACCCCUCAGCAAGGGCAAACAAGAGGUGAGUUUGAGUGCAUUUGCAUUCUUGUUUUCGGAGCUUGUUCAGUACAAUCAAACCCAAGUUGACAACAUCACAGAAUUAGAAAGAAGGUUGGAGGAUGCAGGCUAUGCUGUUGGUGCUAGGGUGUUGGAACUUCUUUGCCAUCGGGAAAAGGGUAACAGGAGGGAGACACGAUUGUUGGGCAUUUUGUCUUUUGUGCAUAGCACAGUAUGGAAGGUGUUGUUUGGAAAGGUAGCUGAUUCACUUGAGAAGGGCACUGAACAUGAAGAUGAAUAUAUGAUUAGUGAGAAGGAACUCCUCGUGAAUAGAUUUAUUUCAAUACCAAAAGACAUGGGGACAUUUAAUUGUGGUGCAUUUGUGGCAGGAAUAGUAAGGGGUGUUUUGGAUGGUGCAGGAUUUCCGGCUGUAGUUACAGCACAUUUUGUGCCUGUAGAGGGUCAGCAACGACCUCGGACAACCAUUUUAAUAAAAUUUUCUGAAGAGGUACUACAAAGAGAAGCAAGGUUAGGUUGAUGUUCGUGUGAGUUUGGCUAGUUUAUUUUAUCAGCUUUUAUACGACAAUAUGGUGAAGGAUGGUGAAAUUUGUUGCUAGUAUAUGGAACCAUCCAGGAUGUCUGCAUGCAGAUCUUGUCUAUUAUUUGUUGCUUAUGGCCACUCUGAUUCCUUCCAAGAAUUCUUAUCAUAGCACAAUACCUAUGUAUUUCAGAUUGUGCAAAAACAUCAUCAUUUGCUUAGGCAGUUGAUGUAAAAAGCCCCUGUAUUGGCAUCUACUAUGUAUGAAACUCAGUUGGAUUGAUUUUUGAAUUUUUAUAGUGGUGGAAAUCUCCAUUUUCUUGUAUAACACAACAAUGAGGGAGUACCUCAUUCACUAGACCAUCCCUUGUCCCCUCCAACUCCAUUUGGGUGAAUGCUAAUGUUUGUUCACAAACCUUAUGGUUUUAUUUUUUGUUAGAGGGUUGUUA